AUGCAUGAAGCGUUCUAUGCCAUAUUGUUGCAGGUCCUCCCUUAUAUGGGAACUCUGCACUUCGACAAAAUCAUGGAAGAUGCAAUUCGCGAGCACCCUUUUUAUAAUCUGGAGGAGUACGGAGAAUUCGGAGGCUUCAACGGAAUAGAAGAUCCUAUGCAGGCCACCAUAUCGCUGAUUUAUUUUGCCAUUGCUGCCGUCUCGCCGAUUCUACAAUGGUAUCUGAAACAUCGCAUUCUAAAGACACUUACAGUCAGCAACACGCAUUCACAAAUGUCGAAAAGGAGCUCCAACAUGUUUCUCAAA